UGCCUGUACUAGCAGAGCGCACCGGCUGCCGACCCACGUGACCCAGGGAUGUCACGUGACAGUGUGACGUCAGGAGGUCCUCACGGAGUAUAGUAUUUAGCCUUUACCUUACCCUAACGGUCCCGGCCUGUGAGAGGGAACAUGGCGGCCGGGGGUGAGGGGCUCAUGCGGAGGUGGAUCAGGGGCUUCGGGCUGCUUUACCUCUGCAUCCGGGGCCCUCGCCUCUAUCGGGUGUACCGGGUACACGGCCGGGCGGCGAUCGGGAGAGGCCGGCCCAUGCAGGAAGGAGACGCCGAGAGCUCCUGGGAAUCCUUCUAUCAACCAAAGGCUUUGGAGAAACACACAGACAGCAUCCUGGCAUGUGUCUCUGUGCUGUGGACCAUCUCGUACUACUGCUCCCCCCUCGCUGCCUUCUAUAUGUACAGAAAAGGGUAUAUGACUGGGACCCGGCUGAUACCUCUAACACAGUACGGCUUAACACUUAUGUUCCUGCUGGCGGGAAUAGCGUGUUUAAGAGGUAUAGGCAGAUGGAGCAAUCCUCAGUAUAUUCAGUUUAUCAGCAUUUUACAGAGAACCAAGAUGGAUGAUUGUCCAGAGAACAAGAAAAUGUUGUCCAAUUUCAACUUUGACUUCCGCAGUUGGCCGGUGGACUUCCGGUGGGAUGAAACCAGCAGUAAAGAUCACCAGAAGCUGGGGCUACCAGGAGGUGUUCCUCUACUCAAGGCCGAACCCAGGACACGAGGCGCCGCUGACAGUUUCUUCCAGAGGGUUCAGAAGCUGCCUUGUCAGAUAACCAGUUACGUUGUAGCGCACUCGUUUGGCCGGCGGAUGCUGUACCCAGGCUCGGUGUACCUCUUACAGAAGGCGCUCAUGCCUAUGUUAUUACAGGGACAGGCCCGUCUUGUGGAAGAGUAUAAUGGGAAACGAGCCAAGCUGCUGGCAUGCGACGGAAAUGAAAUCGACACCGUGUUUGUGGACCGUAGAGGCUCCAGUGAGCGCAGCGGGUCAAAGCUGGUUAUCUGCUGUGAGGGGAACGCUGGGUUCUAUGAGGUCGGCUGCGUUGCUACGCCACUUGAAGCUGGUUACUCUGUCCUUGGCUGGAAUCACCCUGGAUUUGCAGGCAGUACGGGUGUACCUUUUCCUCAGAACGAAGCCAACGCCAUGGAUGCAGUGGUGCAGUACGCGGUGUACCGCCUCGGCUUCAAGCUGCAAGACAUCAUUGUGUACGCCUGGUCUAUCGGGGGCUUCACAGCCACAUGGGCCGCCAUGUCCUAUCCAGACCUCAGCGCCGUCAUCCUUGACGCCUCCUUCGAUGACCUUGUUCCUCUGGCCCUGAAAGUGAUGCCAGAAAGUUGGAGAGGACUUGUAACCAGAACUGUUCGGAAGUAUCUAAACCUUAACAACGCGGAGCAGCUCUGCAGGUAUCAGGGACCUAUACUACUGAUCAGAAGAUCAAAGGAUGAAAUCAUUACAACCACAAACCCAGAAGACAUUGCCUCAAACAGAGGAAAUGAUCUUCUCCUCAGUCUACUGCAGCAUCGUUACCCCAAUGUGAUGACAGAAGAGGGCAGGAGGGCAGUGAGAAUGUGGCUCUCGGCCGCCACUCCAGAAGAAGAAGCUUCUGUACUAAGUCACUACGGAGUAGAGGAGGACUGGUGUCUGUCUGUCCUAGCGUCGUAUAAAGCAGAGAAUUUGGGACAGUAUCCGUGGAGUGUAGGGGAGGAAAUGAGUAUAGAAGGACGGCAGCAGCUGGCGCUAUACCUUGCACAGAAGUAUCUAAGCAGCUUUGAAGCCACGCACUGUACCCCCCUCCCGGCCAGCGCCUUCCAGAUGCCCUGGAGUAUAUAACCCUGGACGUGACACCGCUGCCUUUGGUUAGAUGCACCUGCUGUAACUUUCCUCCAUCCCCGUUACCUGUGACGGCAGCUAACACAGAUGAGAGAGACGCCGCCUUUCCACCAUCUCUCAUACCUCUCUGGACUAUUUUUUUAAUUUAAAUAAAUGGAUUGAGAAUGAGAUUGAAUGAUUAAAAUGUGAACAGUUCUUGUACAAAAUGUCUGUCCCUGACCUGCACUACUGUUUCUCUACCUUCCUGGGGUUGGUUGUCCUACCGGUGGCCACUUUUAGAUCCUGUGUGCUGCAUAGGCCUGUAAUAUUUCUGUGCAUUUAACCACUGAGCCACUUUGUUGCCAGAGAUGAGUAUAGGUGGAAUUACUGGCAACAGCCCUGGAGACUCUCAGUACUGUAACCACGAUGGCUGACGGCUGUAGAUAAAUGAUCAGGAAUGUUCUAGCAUCAUCCUUGUUGGAUCUGUUGUGUCCUCUAGAACCUCAUACAUUCCAUUACUGUCCGUAGAGGACCGUUACUCAUUGGACGUCGUCCAUUUAGGCUUACAACCUCAAUAAAUUUCAUGCGCAUGUCUCCAU